GCUUGUCCAUUUGAUUUACCAUAGGAAAGUAUUUUGAAGGGGCAAGAAAGAAUAUGUUUGGUAUGAUAGAAUGGAAUGAGGGUGAAAUGGAAUGACAAGUAUUUUGAAUUUCCUUUAAAUUUUUCAUUCAAUUUUUUCUCAUUCGUUCCGUCAUAACAAGCAAAUAAAUAUAAUAGAAAUAGGAAUCACAUUUGGUUCUAUCAUUUCAUUCCAUCAUAUCAAACAUAUGCCCUAAACCAAAGAUAGAAUGACCUAGUCCAAAGUGGACCAUACUAGUAGAAAAUUAAGCUAAUUUUCAUCAUUUCCUUCAAGUAUGAACCCAACCUUUGGCUUUGGAAAAUUGAGCAGAUGAUCUUCUAUUAAACCAAAACUUGCAAAAAGAUUCUACUACCAAAAUACAAUGGCAACACCUUUCAUCCCAACUCCCUUUCUUAUUCUCUUCAUCCUACUCACCACCAUUCCCUCUUCACAUUCCAACAACCAUACAGAUCUUGAAGCUCUUCUAGCAUUCAAGAAAUCCAUACAUGACGAUCCGUUGCAUGCUUUGAGUUCAUGGAACGAAACAACGCAUUUCUGCAGAUGGAAUGGUGUCUCCUGCAGCAAAACUCACCCAAGUAGAGUCGUCUCUCUUUCUCUGCAAUCUCAAGCCCUUGUUGGAUCGCUCUCGCCUCACAUAGGUAACCUCUCUUUUCUCCGAACUAUCAACCUGCAAAACAACACCCUCAGCGGCCCAAUCCCUCAGGAGAUUGGCCGCCUCAGAAGGCUUGGCAAGAUCGAGUUUAGCAACAAUUCUUUUGGAGGUGGGAUUCCAACAAACCUAUCACAAUGCAAAAAUCUAUAUUACCUGAAUUUGAUUGACAAUGAGCUCACCGGAGGCAUAGUCCCCGAGAUAGCUUCUCUUGUCAACCUCCAAGCUUUAGGCUUGGCAAAAAACAUGCUUUCAGGGACUAUCCCGCCAUUCAUAGGAAACUUCACAGAUCUAAUCCAACUUUCGUUACGAUCCUGUGGCUUAGUAGGAGAGAUUCCCCAGUCGCUCGUUCAGCUUAGAAGAUUGCGGCUGAUAAAUGUGGGUGAGAAUGAUCUAACUGGUUCUAUUCCAUUAGGCCUCUACAAUCUUUCAAGUGUUGAGAUUUUUGGUUUUAAUUUCAAUCGACUCCAUGGAAACAUACCUGUCAACAUAGGCUCUACACUUCCCAAGUUGAGGCAACUUUAUUUGAAUUCAAAUAAUUUCAGCGGAGCGCUCCCUGCUUCACUAUCUAACUCUUCCCUAAUUGAACGCAUAGCAGUAGCUAAUAACAGUUUCACCGGAAAUAUGAUAGAUUUAACUAGGUUUUCAGCUCUUCAAAUUCUUUUGGCUCAAUUUAACCAUUUCAAUGGAGAUGUACGUAAUAUUUUAUCAUCGCUGACAAAUUGCACCAACCUUCAAACUUUGACGUUGGGUAAUAACCAUUUCACUGGUUCGUUGCCAGAUUCCAUUGGCAAUCUUUCUAAUCACUUGUCGUUCUUAUCCCUUCAUACAAAUCAGUUGAGUGGAAGCAUUCCAUCUAGUAUAGGAAACCUUGUUGGUCUCACUAGUUUGGGAGCUUUUAGCAAUAAUCUACGAGGUCCAAUUCCUUCAUCCAUUGGAAAACUUCAUAAGUUGCAAGAAAUAUAUUUCGCUGAAAAUAGACUGACAAAUGAGAUACCAUUUUCAUUAGGCAACUUGACUUUGUUGAACAAUCUCUACUUGGAAAAAAACAAUCUUUCUGGGAGUAUACCUCAUAGUCUUGGCAACUGUACCAACUUGUUAGCGUUAGAACUUUCAGAAAACAAUCUCAGUGGCUCAAUACCUUCCGAAAUCAUUAAACUUUCCUCCAUCUCUGUUGAACUUGGCCUAUCUGACAACGUUUUGACUGGUACUAUUCCAUCAGAAGUCGGGGCUUUGAGAAAUCUUGGGUACAUGGACUUGUCCCACAAUAGAUUAUCCGGAACCAUACCGCCUUCUUUGGAGAGUUGUGUGACGCUCAGUAUGCUUUACCUAGAUGGAAAUUCUCUUCAGGGUGAGAUACCUGACAGUCUCUAUGCUCUGAGAGGUUUAGAAUAUUUGGAUAUUUCGCAGAAUAAUCUCUCAGGGAUGAUUCCAAGAUUUCUUGUCCAGCUUCGGCUGCUGUAUCUCAACCUUUCUUUCAAUGAGUUGCAAGGUGAAGUCCCAACUCUCGGAGUUUUCCAAAAUGAGAGUGCAAUCUCACUUGAAGGAAACCAAGGCUUGUGUGGUGGAAUUGCAAGCCUAAACCUACCUUCUUGUCCAUCAUCACCAAAAUCCAACAAGAAAAGUUUUGGGAAAAUCUUGAUCCCAACUAUUGUCGGAGCCAUAUGCCUAGCGCUUGCAGUGUGCUUAUGUGUGAUCAUUAUCUACAAGAGACGCGCACAUCUAAUUGUUGGAACCCCGACAUUCCAAGGGCCAGACUUUUUGAGGCUAUCUUAUGCUGAUCUCUUGAGUGCCACAGAAGGAUUCUCAGAGACAAACCUACUUGGUAUAGGGAGAUUUGGAUCCGUAUACAAAGGAACUAUCAAUGGUGAUGAUGAGCAGCAGACAGAUUUAGCAGUGAAGGUGCUAGAUCUUAGAGUAAGAGGAGCUUGUAAGAGUUUGGCAUCAGAAUGCAAUGCAUUGAGAGGCAUACGACACAGAAACUUGCUCAAGAUUGUGAGUGUAUGUGACAGCACUGAUUUUCAAGGGAAUGAUUUCAAGGCAUUGGUGUACGAAUUAGUUUCCAACGGAAGCCUCGAGAACUGGCUACAUUCUGAGGGUGAAGGCAGGAGAAAUCUUAGUGCUAUUCAGAGACUCAAUAUUGCAAUUGAUAUUGCAUCUGCAGUCGAGUACUUGCAUUGUGGUACUAACUCCAUAGUUAUUCAUGGAGAUUUAAAGCCGAGUAACAUUCUCUUGGAUCAAGACAUGGUCGCCAAAGUUGGUGAUUUUGGUUUAGCCAAAAUUGUUUCAAGCAUUUCACAGAGCUUGCCAUCUACAGAAGGAAGCAGUUCAUCAGCAAUAAAGGGUACAAUAGGCUACAUUGCUCCAGAGUAUGGCAUGAGCCUCGUUGCAUCAAUGCAAGGGGAUGUAUACAGUUACGGAGUUCUAGUGCUAGAGAUGUUCACAAACAGAAGACCAACAAGUGAUGCAUUUGAAGGGUGCCUAGAUCUCCAAGACUUCGUUAGCACGGCUUUAACGGACCAUGUAAUGGAAGUAGUGGAUCCAUUUCUUCAUCAAGAACUUAAUGUAGAUGAAAAGUAUUGGGAGUGCAUUGUUUCAAUUUUGAGGAUUGGAGUGAGAUGCUCCAAGCAACUUCCAAGAGAUCGCAUGUCGAUGACAGAGGUUGUUAAUGACUUGAAAAAGAUAAAAAAAGUGUUUCCAGUUUGUAAAAAUGGAAGAAAUGUUGCUUCGUUACAACAUUGAAAUAGUUGUUCAUUUCUAUCCGUUGGCAACAUUUUCAGUUGUAAUUGUUAGGCAAUGCUCCUGUUUGUUGUAAAGGCAGUUUCUGUUUACUCUUUUUUUUAAUUGUGAUGUUAUGUGUUAUGUCUCAUUUCUAUA